CGACCACAACGCUGCGUGUACUCAAGGGUCAAGAAGCAAACCAGUCAAUCAGAAGUCGUUAACAUGAUCGUGCCAGAGACCUUACUGCUGCUGAAGUUGAUAACGAUGCUGCUGGUAGUCAGUGUUGAUUCAAGGGUGCUUAAUAAAGAUUCGUUGGAACGUAUCAGCUGUGACAUACCCGGACAGUUGAAGGCGGGACAUUGCACGGCAGACAGGAACUGUGUGACCUAUCAGAAGAUUGUGAAUGACAGUGCGUUGAAUUUGAUCGAGCGGGAAGAUUUCAUCCAGCGGUUGCAGUGCGGAAGGUACGAUGGAUCGGAGGUUUGCUGUUCGGACAGCGAUCGAUACCAGUUGGGAGACUACGAAGAUGCUGCGGUGUGUGGUCAAGCGGCGUACAGCUUCCGUAUUCGUGGUGGUACAAUAGCUGAUAUCGAUGAGUUUCCCUGGAUGGCAAUGCUGUUGAAGCAACAGAAAAAAACGAGAUCCCUGUAUUAUCAUUGUGGAGGCGUUCUCAUUGGUAGGAGUUUUGUUCUGCCGGCAGAUCAUUGCAUUGUGAAGAAGACCGGUGAAUCAAAACAGGAUCAACUAUGAGUCUCAUCGUCGCCCUCUGGUUACCAUAGCCGGUCGCACUCCAGACGAAUCUAGAACCGAACCACCAUUCAUAGUAGUGACAACGCUCUGAUGAGACAACGAAACCUCACUCCCAAGCUCCUUGCCUGAUCUUAUCCAUCGACAAUGUACCCCUCUAACCUCGGGUAAGCCGCGAGUA